UAAUAUCUAACUUUAUCUUUAAUAUCAUGCUGAUUUUUCAUAAGAAUCUUAAAUGUACUUUAAAUGUUAACAUUGAAGAAAAAAUAUUAAAUUUUAGCAUGGUAUGGAAUAUAUGUGUGAACAAGUGUCAAUUUGAAUUGCAAAUACUGCAACUUCCAAACGCAAACGGUCAAUCUACCUUAAAUUAUUCGCUCUUAGGUCAUGAUGAUCGUGUAAUAAGACCGACAAUGGGUACUUAUCUUGGAGCGACUAGGCCUCGUGUAUCAUUCAAGACACAAAGACCAAAUAAAGAUAUAAGGCGCAAUAUGAGUUUGGCUAAUUUGGAUGAGGACAUUCCAAUGACACCGAGUUCCAACAACAAUACGAGACAGGUGGUUAUCCGGGAAAGGGGACGUGGAAAUGGAUCACGAGGCAGGAAUAGCCCCCUCCCAAACAGAAAUUUCCAAGGAGGACAGUCGAUUGGAUUAAGAUUGCGACCUUAUCGAUUAAAUGAAUGUGACUGGUAUAGGAUUAUUAUACCAUAUGGUCAGAAAUAUGAGAAGGACUAUAUUCUGAGGAAUCUAUUAAAUUAUAUGGCACCUGAGAUAUUUGUACCGAUUGCAUAUAAAGUAACGGACUUUGAUGCUUUUUUCUUCGUUGAUAACCAAAAGGCAGCGAAUGCAUUGGUGAAUUGUGAUCGCAAAAUUACGAUGACUGAUGGCUUUAAACUGAACAUAAGAAUAAAGCCGGGGUUCCCACAAUGUGAAAUAGAUAAUAAACUAAAAGAACGUCUGAAACAAGCAAUGGGAAAACGUUAUAUAGCGGAAACAAAUGCCUUGGACUUAUCAAAGUUCCAUCAAGAUUCUGAUCUUGUGACUGAUUAUUUUUGCGCAUUAUUUCGUCCUGCAAUGCUGAUGGCAGUGUUGGAUAUUGUUGCUGAACAUAUACCGACGUUGGAGGCCUUAAAUUUAGAAGGCAAUAAAAUGUACAUAAUCCAAGGGCUCAGUGUUUUGAGUAAGAAAUUUCCGAAAUUGAAGAUACUUUAUAUUGGGGACAAUAAGAUCCGAGAAAUGAAUCAAUUAGACGUUCUAAAGGAUCUAAAGUUAGAGGAACUCCGAUUACAAGAAAAUCCUGUCUGUGUCAGGUACAAGACCCGGCAAACCGAUUAUGUUAGUGAUGUCCGGAAACGGUUUCCGAAGCUGUUGCGAUUGGAUGGAACGGAAUUACCGCGCCCAAUCGUGUUUGAUAUGAUUGAUGAAACAGCCAAAACGCCAUCACCACAGAGAAUAUUUGCCUCGAGCGAGAAGGCACAUGAAAUUGCCAGUCGAUUCCUUCAGCAGUAUUUCAUGAUAUUUGACAGCGACAAUCGUCAACCGCUGUUGAACGCAUACAAUGAACACGCAUGCUUUAGCAUGACGAUUACGAACUUUCACUCAAAGUUAUUGAACGGUUAUCUUUUAGAAAACCGAAAUUUAUUUAGAGUAAACGAUACCUCUAGAAGAGUCAGGUUAUUGAAAAAUGGAAAACUACCUUUGGUAUCGUUUCUCUCAGAAAUGCCGCAAACGAAGCAUUUUCUGGAUACUUUCACGAUGGACAUCACGUUACCAACGCCAACAAUGAUGUUCGUAACGUUGACGGGCUAUUUCCAAGAAGUCACUAAAGAGGAGCCCAUUCGUUAUUUCAAUCGAACCUUCAUAAUCCAACCGGAAGGUUCCGGAUAUUGUAUUUGCAAUGAACAAUUGCACAUAAGUCAGCUGACUGAUACACAUUCGAAGCAAUUGAAGAGUCAGCUGAGUCAAGGAGGGCAGCCGACUCUGUUGUUACCGCAAAGUUCCACGGAACAGUCAGCACCAAUAAUACCGCAAACAUCGGUGGAACAAUCAGUUCCUCCAUUGGCACCACAAAUGUCGACCCAAGUCGAAGCAGCAAAGCCCAUGGAGACGACUGAAUUGAGCGAGCAGAUAAAGCAGCAAAUGAUUGUCACUUUGAGCCAGCAAACGAACAUGAACUUCCAAUGGAGUUUAAAAUGCUUGCACGAGGUACAGUGGAACUAUGACAAUGCGCUUUCCGCAUUUCAAAAUUUCUUUAAGCUUGGGCAGAUACCUCCGGAGGCAUUCGCAAAGUAAAUGUAAAAAUAUCUUGCCCCAGCACAAAAAGUUAUUUCGUUCAUGUUCAUUUGCACAGUCUUUCCCGCGGAUUUCUCUCUGUUACAUAAAAAAAUUAGAUAUAUUGAUAUCUAGAUGUUUGCUGCAUGCGAAAAUUAUUAUAUCAAACUCCGCAAAAAUCCAAAAAAAAAAAAAGAAAAAAAAUAGGAGUACAAGAGAGAAACUUGAUAAGCAAACAUUUAGAUUUAGUUUUAUUUUGAUAUUUCAUCAAUGAUGAAAAAUGCACUUACGCUGCGGAGGUUUUGUUAAAAAUUUCUAGGUUCGUUAAAAAACUCUAACUUUAAUAGUUAGAAUAUAUAUGAUAGUUACUUUUCAUGUAAAUAUCUGGUUAUUAACCAACCUAUGAGUUUUUAACAAACUUCCAGCUGCAUAUAACAUAGUGUAUAUAACACAAUGUAACUAUUAGUUACACGAAUAUUAAGUGCAGUACUGAGGUGAAAUAUCUUCAUUCCAGUAUAUUUGGAGCGGUCAAAGCACUGCACCAAAAUAAGUAUUUGUUUAAUAUUUCAUUUAAUUUCUUCCAGCUUUCAUGUCACUUUGCAUGAUGUAAAAAUGAUAAGAUUACAACUUUGUGCAUACACAAUGUGUAUCUGUUACAGAAAAUGAAAAUAAUAUGAUGCUGACACUUAUUUUUAAACACAGCACAAGUAGAAAAAAAGAGAAAAAAAGUACGAAAAAUUUUCCAUAUGUAGAUUAUGGAAUUUUCUAUAUUACAAAGAAUAUAAAAAGUACUUUAUUUCUCUAAUAUUUUCUGUAACUGUACAAUAUUCACUGUGUGUAUGUCGCGUGUGUAUAAGUAUGAAAGUAAUUAACACAAAAAACUUCACAUCUCGAAAGUAUCGAAAAAACGUGCGCGUUUUCUUUCUUACUUUCGAAAUUGAAGUCGCAAAAAAAGUCUAAUAUUACUUUUAUUUCGAUAAUAACAAUAACUUUUAUGUGAUGCUAGCGCACACUUAAAAGCAAAAAAAUAAUGAAAUUUUUCUUUUUAUAUUUAGGUUCAUAUCGAAUAAUCAUUCGGUAGAAUAUUUAACGUUACACAAAACACAUAAGUCUAUAAAUUAAUUUUUUUUUUUUUUUUUUUUUUGAGAAUAACAUAAAAACAAGACUAAAACAAGUCAAUCAAAAUUACGUCGCUACGCAUACAUGAUACUCACUAAUGAUCCUUAAAUUGUUUGUUGUCGAAAGAAUUACAUUGGAUUACUCCGUGUGAGCAUAAAUUAUACAACUAUAUUCGCGGUAAUACUCACUGUUUAUUUUAUUUCGUGAGGUACUGUUAAUGAUAUGUGUAUGAGCAUAUGAGAUGCACAAUUCGUAAUGUUUGAUUUAACAGUACUGUAAAGGAUAUUUUGAGUCCCACACCACGACGAAAAGCAAGGAGUAAGAAAGACAUCAGAUACAGCAUCUGAGGACGAAGUCCUCAGCUGUAUGUAAUCGCUCAGUACUGAGAUUAUUAACUGUGACACGCAACAGGGGAAGAGAACUUUGUUAAGUUUGAUUCCCAAAUUUUGGUUGGUGUCUAUGGCAUAACUGGGUCAACUUCGUUGCAGUUAUAUCUUUGCCAUGUACUGACCACGAAGUGGACAGUUGUAUGAAAUGUGCUGACUAAAUACCGUAUGCUACAACCCCGUUGAUGUAUGCACGUAAUGUGUAUCGCGACGAUGGGUGUAUCGUACUUGCGGUUCAUCAGUCUCUUGAACAGAGAUGUUUUGUAGAUGGGAUUUCGGUGUGUGGACGACACGUCAAGAGAUUAGGAUUGAGAACUUCGUAUCAUAUUUUUUUUACGUUUAAACGUUUUCAUAUUAUGUUUACAUAUUAUAUUAUCAAUGAUUUUUUUUUACAUCAUGAUGAAAAAAAGGAAAGGAAGAAAGAGGAAAAGAGAAAAGACGAAAUAAUUUAUGCUCACACUUUGUACUUCGUAUGCGCAACUGCGACACAUCACAUGAUGAGAGAGGCGUGUAAAACGGUAUUUUCGAUGUCAUAUAAAAUAUUUGCUUGGGUAUCAAGUAUGUUUACGAUGGAUCAUAUUGAAUGAAUGCAUAGAAAGAACGUUCUAUCUUUUAUGUUUAUUUAUAUCUUUUUACAUUGUUAUACUCGAGAAAUUAUUAAUGAUAUUUACAGUACGAUUUGCAGUAAAAGGCGAAAGAGCCACGAAUGUUAUGUACGAACAAUGUUAUUUGUUUUUAUAUCAUAGGUCAAGUGAUAUUGUAAAUAUAUAAGCAGGUUGUUAACAUAAGAGUGUGUCCGAUGACGUACAUUCAUAUAGUUAAGAAAGAUAGGUUACUUGUUGCGAGUGUCAUACAAAAUGUAAAUAUAUUCGUAUAAUCAUUAUAAAAUUUUAUAGACUAAUGCGUCUGUUUCAUAUGGAUGAGACAUAUUGUGCUUGUCACAUUAAUAAAAAAAAAGGCAAUUUUUGUAAUUCAGAUUUGUUAUUUGUAUAUCUUAUAGGAUAUGUAUCACAACAAUAAUGGAAUAGAUGUACAAAGUAUUCUCUAUUCCGGCGUACCUGUGUUUUCCCCUUUGUUCACAUCUUCCGUCAUCUGUACAAAGAAUAGUUGUAUAUUAACUGUUAGCAUAUUUACAGCAUUGUGAUGUAAUGUAUGUGCACACACGCGUAUGUAUUAGUUAUGUAAAUUUACCGUGACGUCGUUCUUACCUCAUUCUCUUUUAAAGCAGUCAAUUCUUCUUUCAUCUUCCUUCUGAAGAAGCCUGACUGUAAUCACAAACAACAUAUUUAAUCAGAAUACUGUCUUUAUUUCGCGACGAGAUGAUUAAUAUAAUGUGCGAGAUUAAGAAACUCACCGUGUAUAAAAAGAUAACGAUAAUACACAACACUAUGAGACCUAACGUGACUGACACAAGCACAACCGACAGCUGUAGCUCUUGUGUCUUUGCGGUGCUGUGAAAUUCUGUCGUGAGAUUCAUAGCGUACCUGUAAUGUGUAACACGCUGAUUAAUUAAGUUUAAUAAAUGAAUUGAGUCGUA